CGUAGGUGCUUGUCUAAAUGCCGGAAGUGGUGGCUAACGCCCAUGUGAACUUUCUCCUCUGGAAGCUGAGCUCACUUUUGUGUUCCAUCAACUGAGCAGUUCUUAAAAAUAAACAAACUAAAUAAAAGCCUCGCUGAAUGCAGCGUGGCUGCUCGCGUGAGGAAGUAUGGCAUCCAAAGUGGUUUACUCGCGUCGAGAUCUGUUGCUGAAAAAGCGAGAUGACUUCGAAGACAUCCUGGAGGAACGGCGGACCUCCAGCGACCUCCGCUAUGCCGUCAAGUGCUACACACCCGUCCUCUACAAAGGCUUGACGCCGUGCACGCCGGACACGCUCAAGAGCGCCGUACUGCGCUCGGAUCCCGUUCAUUAUGUCAUCAGUCAGGUGGCCCAGGAGACGGGCAAAGCGCCGGACGACCUCCGAGAGGAGGCGUCGGCCAUCUUGGACGAGAUGGCUCACCGCCUGCAGCUCGGCACCGUUCGCUUCUUCGCCUUCACCCUCAGCAAGGUGUUCAAGACCUUGUUCCGGAGUGUCUGCGUUAACGAAGAAGGCAUCCAGAGACUCCAGCAGGCCAUCCAGGAGCACCCGGUGGUCCUCCUCCCGAGCCACCGCAGCUACAUGGACUUCCUGCUCAUGUCCUACAUCCUGUACACCUACGACCUCGCCCUGCCCGUCAUCGCUGCCGGCAUGGAUUUCAUGGGGAUGAAGUUUGUGGGCGAGAUGUUGCGAAUGUCGGGCGCAUUCUUCAUCCGCCGCUCGUUCGGCGCCGACAAACUGUACUGGGCCGUCUUCUCCGAGUACGUCAAGACCAUCGUCAAGAAUGGGUACGCACCCGUUGAGUUUUUUCUAGAGGGCACGCGAAGUCGAACAGCAAAAUCUUUGACACCAAAGUUGGGUCUGUUGAACAUCGUGAUGGAGCCGUUCGUCAAGGGCGAGGUGUUCGACGUGUGCUUGGUGCCGGUCAGCAUCAGCUACGAGAGGAUCCUGGAGGAGGCGCUCUACGCCCGGGAGCUUCUCGGGGUUCCCAAGCCUAAAGAGUCCACGUCGGGUCUCUUUAAGGCUCGGAAGAUCCUGCGCGAGGACUACGGCAGCAUCCAUGUUUACUUUGGUCAGCCCGUGUCGGUCAGGAGUUUAGCCCACGGCCACGUGGACCGCUGUCAAUUUAACCUGACGCCCAGACACAUCCCGGCGAGGCCCAGCGAGGAGAUGGUGCGCUUUGUGAACGGCGCCGCCUACAGGCUGGUGAGGGCGCAGGAGGAGAACUCGGUGCUGAAGCCGUGGGUCCUCCUGGCGACUCUGCUGCUGCAGAAGCAGGAAGCGGCGACGGCGCUGGACGAGCUGACCGAACGAGCCGUGUGGCUGCGUGACCUUUCCCGGCACUGCGGCGCCUUCCUCCACUGGCCCGACCACCUGCGUCCAUCGGAGGUGGUGUCCUCCAGCCUAGCCCUGCACGGAGGCCUGGUGAGGGUCUCUGAGGGCAGAGUACAGCUGGAACAAGGACCAGCAGACGCGGUCAGCUCCCCGGAGGAGGAGCUCCUGGAGCGGGCUGUGCCGGUGCUCUCUUGCGCCUCCUACAGGAAUCAGGCACUCCACGUCUUCCUGCGACCGGCGCUGCUCGCCUCGGCCGUCCGCUCCGCCUCGUCCGGACGAAAACAAGAGGUCUUCGACCGCUUCAGCUUCCUGAGGGACGUCUUCUCCAACGAGUUCAUCCUGGUUCCCGGGGCCGCCGUGCAGGAUUUCGAGGAGGCGUGUUACCUGCUGGAGAAGACGGGAGCGCUGCAAGUCGCCCAGCACGACGUGGCGGCGACGGAGCGGGGGCACAGGACCCUGGACUUCCUGGCAGGCCUUCUGGAGCCCUUCCUGCAAGGGUACCAGAACGCAACAGGACAGCCUGAGCGUCAACAAGGUGACGCUCAACUCUCUGGAAGACACUUUGGGUGGGAAGCUCCCGACUCGCAACGCUGCCACGGCUCGCCUCUAAAUCUGCUAGCUGCUGUCAAGAAAAAUUCUUUGCAUCUUCGCCAAAGGGAAGUUUUGGACUCAAGUGUGUGUGUGUUUUUUUUUUUUUUUUUUGCUAAAAGAUGCUCUUAUUGGAGAGGUUGCACUGAGUCAUGUUUACACGAUUGUACAUAUUAAACAGCGACGCUUGUCAAUGCACCUGUUGUUGUUUGUCAAGGUUGAAGAACUUUUUGUGGCCAACGUGUCAAAUGUGUGAAUUUACCUCAACAAGAAAAACGAGAUGUUUAUUUGACUAAUAUUACAACGUUCUGCUCAUCUCUUUCCGAUGAUAACAUCUUUUUUUAAUUCAGUUUUUGUACUUUUCACUAACGUGUGUGUGUGUGUGUGUGUGUGUGUCAUAUUCAGAAAAUAUAAUAAAGUACACAAAUUGUAGCACUGUGA